AUGUCACAUUUUCUAGGAGAGGCAAUUCCCUCAUGUGAAAAACAGCAGAUUUGUUUGCAUUUACAAAUGGAAGAAGAAAGAACAAGAUUUAAAGACCUACAGGAAAAAGAAGAAAUACGUUUGCUAAAUCUUCGUCAUAAUGCAGCUAUAAAAAUUCAAGCUAAAUACAAGGCAUUUGUAACCUACCAAAAAUAUGCCCCAAUCAUAAGAGAACGAAUAGAAACUAAGAAAAGGAAGGCACAAAAAUGGAAAGAAAAAGAAGCAAAAAUACGACAGAAGGUAGAAGAAAAACAAAAAAGAUUAGAGGAAGAACAAAAGAUAGCAGAGGAGAUAAAAAAGAAAAAGGAAGAGGAAAGGAAAAGGAGAGAAAGAGAAUAUGAAGAAAAAAAGAGUAUCUUGAGACAAGAAAGAGAGGAACUACUAAAUAAGGAAAAGUUAAAAUUAAGAGAACAUACAAGACCACAGCUAAUAAUGAGUAGUGCAUUAAAGAAGGGAGAAUAUAAUGCCAAACAUUUCACUCUUGGAGAUACAUCAAAACAUAAGAAUGAUACAGUGAAAAUAUUAGUGGAUGAAAACUUAAAGAAGCAGGAAGAUGUUUCCCUUGGUAUAGUUGAGGAAUCAAAUAAGAGACAAUAUAUAGAUAAACAGCCUGUAUUGAAGGAAUCAGUACAAAUACAGUUAAAAUCAAACCAAACAGUUUUAGCAGAAUUAAAAAUAGAAGAAAAAAGUGAAAGCCUAGACAAUAGUCAAUGUUCUGAAAAAUCAGUUAAGCAAGAAAUAAGAAAUGAAAACAUCAACAAAAUAACUAAAUUGGAAAAUUCAGAUCUAAAAGAAAAUGUGAAUGAACAAGAAAUAAAGUCUCAAACACAGAAAGAGGAAGAUACGGAACAUGCUAUGAGUGAAAUUGUGAGACAAGAAAUUCAAAUAAAAUUAGAUCAUAAUCAAGGAAUUAAUGAGGUAAAAAAUGAAGCACAGAAAGAAAUCAAUAAUAAUCAGCAGAAAGUACAAAAUGUAGAAAAUGAGAUGUCAGAAAAGAAUGGAUCAUUGAAUGAGGGUAACAAGACUUCAGUUAUCUCAAACAAACAAAAGCUACUACCAAUAAAAUUAGAAAUUUCUGAAACUGUACUACAAGAAAAAAUAGUAAAAUUCAAAGAAACUGAAGAAAUCUCAAAAGAAAAUACUCUAAAUAGUGACAUUGAGAUUUUUAAUUCCACUGAUGCCGUCGUAAAUAUAGAAAGCAAAAUUAACAAACAGGAUGUGGAUAUUGGUAGACCUGCUCCUUGUGAAGACUUGGGUGGCUAUAAUGCAAGGAGUUCCUUGGUUACUAAAGUAAACUCUCUUAACUAUGAUCCUAAAGAAAUUCCUGAAGAAUGUCAUGAAAAUAGGUCUAGAUGUGAAAGUAGUACAACCUGUUCUAUACCAGAGUCAGCACUUUCAUCUUCUGUCGAGGAAAAGAGACUAGCUUGGAUAAAUUCAUUUAAACCUUGGCUUGAAAUUUCUAUGCAAAAUCAACAAAAUAAAAUUGUUAAAAGAAAGAGAACCCCAAAAUGUCCAGUCAGUACUAUGCCCCCUUUGAAUACAUUAGAAAUCCUUCGUUGUGGCCCUUGGAACAAUUUGUGGCAGGUUACAACUGUUACAUUUCAAGAUUUGCCCGGUUGUAGUCUGUCCACAUUGGCCGAGUGUGUGAAUCUUCAGUUUCUAUCUCUUAGACGCUGUGGAUUAACUUCUUUGCACAGUUUGAGUAAAUGCAAAAACCUUAAAUGCAUCGAUGCACAGGAAAACCAUAUUGAGAGUAUCAAUUGUGAAGAUUUGGAAAAUCUCUGUGUGGUUCUUCUUAAUAAAAAUCAACUGACUUCUCUUCAUGGUUUCGAUGGCUGCACUAAUAUCCAAAAUCUUGAGCUUUCACAUAAUAAAAUUACUCGAAUUGGUGGUUUAGAAUCUUUGAAAAAUCUUCAGCAACUAAUUUUGGACCACAAUCAAUUAAUUAGUACAAAAGGUCUUUGUGAUACACCUACCAUUAUAUACUUGGAUUGCUCAUAUAAUAAUCUUACUGAUAUUGAGGGCAUUGAAAAUUGCGGAUUGCUUCAAGUAUUGAAGUUACAGGGAAAUUAUCUAAGUAAGCUUCCAUCCUUGGGAAAUCAUGUUCUUCUAAGAGAACUGAACUUGGACGAUAACAGUAUUUCAACUCUGGAAGCAUUUUCUUCAUAUUGGCUGCCUUUACUACAACAUCUUACUAUUUCACAGAACAGUUUGACAAAAAUUGUGCCACUUUUUCAUUUUAUUUCUUUGGAAAAACUAGAUGUCAGCAGCAAUUGUCUUUCUGAUCUUGAAAGUGCCAUGAAAUGGUUUGAUGCAUGCUAUUCUCUCCGUGAAUUGUCUCUCACUGGUAACCCACUUCUUCAAGAAAUAAACUGGAGGCAUUCUCUACUUAAAAUGUUACCAGAUCUAAGGGUCCUCAAUGGCAAUAUGCUAAGCUCUUCCUCAGAAAUCCACACAGAGGAACACUCUCCUCGAGAGUCAGGACAGUUUCUAGCAUUUUGUCAGACCCAGAUUCGCGAAUUCCAGUUACUCUCUGAAAAGUGUAUCACCAGAAGAGGGGAUGUCUUCACCCUGGAUACAGUGGAAAACUUCUAUCAUUAUUUUAAGAAAAUGAUGACACUUAGUAAUCAAUACAGACAUGCACAUGAACGUGGGGAUGUGUGUAUCACCAAGAGAGAUGAAUCAGACACUCAGAGAAACUGUUUGCCCCCACCAUAUAGUAACAGCACAGUAAAAACUGGGGCCUUUUGUUCUUGUGCAAAGGAGCACAGUGCUGACUCAUCAAAUACUUCAGACCAGUGGAUGGACCCUGGUUUCAGUCGUUCCCCACUGAGCUACUCCUCUGUACAUAAAGGCUUGGAAGAAAUAAAUCAGGAAGAAUUAGUACGCCAGAAGAGAGAAGACAGUAAGACAAGCAGUAUUACCACCCAAAGUAUCCAAAUGAUGGAAACAACAACAAAUUCUCUGCUGAGGAACUGCCAAAAUAUCAAACACAGUGAAAAAAUAAAGGCAGCUAUGGUGAUCCAGGCAUACUGGCGUGGUUACAGUGUACGCAGACAGAUUUAUUUCUCUAGGAGGAUACAUACUGUUACCACAGAACCCCUGCCGAAUUCCUUCAAUAAUCAGACUAUUCUAAUGAAAGAAAAAAGGAAAAUGAUGAUGAAUAUCCAUGAAAAGAAGGAGAAGGCUGCUGUUCUUAUUCAGGCAGUUUGGAAGGGAUUUAUUUUGCGAAAGAAACUGACAAUAGCACUAGAAUCUAUCAAGAAUGAAGAAUCUGAAGAAGAAUAUGAAGAAAUAGAUUUAAACGAUUUUACCUUCGAUGAAGCUGCCUUAGAGAGAGAAUGGCUAGCUUUAGAUUCUUCUUGCUUCCCUUCACAAACGCUGCUGUUCCCAGACCAGCAGCCCCGGCCAAAGGUCCCUGGAACCUUGAAAUAUGAUGAUACUUCUCUUAACUUACCAAGCCAUCCAGCUCAGGCAUGGCUGUGUAAUGAGAAAGAAAAUUCGUUUUCAUCAGAACACACACAGUUACAUUGCAGAUCAGAAAAUAGAAUGUUCUCCUGGACACCUGAAUCAAAAAUCAGUAGAAAGAGUUUGCUUAAAUCUGAAAAAGAAGAAAAACUCUCAGAAGAAUGGGGUUUUAAGGAUAUUUCUACUGCUCAGCAAAUGCUGAAGAGGGCGCACAAAAUGAAAUCAAAGAAAUUAAAGAAAAAGUUAGAUGCUACUGUGCGCCUAGCAUUAUUCAAAAAGAGUGAAAAUAAAGUUUCUCUUACAAAAUCAUCAAAGAAGGCACAUCCCAGAAGAGAUGGUAACUCUGAAGGUAAGGAAGAAGACUUAAUCUACAAAGACACCUCUGCCAAUGAGAAAUUGGAACGGAGUAAAGCUUAUACAUACCAGUGGCUUCACACACAGGUUGAGGUUCAUAAAACAACUAGUUCCAGAAAUAUGACAAGGAAUCACUUCUUGCCUGACUUAGAUCCAGAUGUACUUAAUGGUAGAAGAGUUCAACUUGUGGCAAGACAUGUAAGCAGAGAAGACACGGAUUUAGACCUUUUUUCCAUGACCAGUGGAAGUGCUUUGUCUGUGAACAGAGAGAAAAAAAGUCAGGCAUACAGCAGACACUCAGCAGGAUCUUCAAGUUGCUCAAUUAAGGGAAUACUUGCACCAAUGAUAACAAAUACAAGAACUUCUAAAAAAGAGCGCAUAUCAUUCCGUGACAAUCCUCUACAGCUCAGUGGUGGAUGGGGAAGUGGAAAAAAGAAGGCAAAAAAUUCCAACUAGUUCUGCAAACUUCAGCAUUCAAAACAUAUGGCAAACAGUUUAUUUAAAAGAACUCUGUGGAUAUCUGGUCAUGUUACCAAUUGGAUACAAGGUUUUAGAGUACUGCAUUUAAUUUGUUUUAUUAUACAUAUUUCACAAUUCUGCUUUUCUGGUGCCGUUAUCUUCUAUCCCAGCUAUAAAACAAAGUUUGCAAUUCUUCCUGUGUUCAUGUGGAAUCACCUCCAGAAAACUCAUUCUUGAAUACUG